AUGUCUAACCCUCUCGACACCGAGGCUGGCUCUGAGCUGUUCAGCUCCUACGAAGCAGAGCUUAAGCUUGUACAGGCCGAUCUUCUACAGAAACUGGAUCAAAUCCCAGAGUUGUCAGGGGAUCCCCGCAAAAAUGCAGUGUCUCAAGCCGAGCGAGCUUUGGAGGAAGCAGAGGAGCUUUUGGGAUCUAUGCGCCUAGAGAAACAAAACAUUCCAACAUCCUCACGAGCCAAGGUCAAUCAACGAUUCCGCAACUACGAGCAAGAUGUCGACUCCCAGCGCCGGAAGCUGAAGUCCUUCUCUAAUGAUCACCAAGGAUAUGCAUCACGAUACAGAGAUGAGCCUGAGGGCUCAGCAGAUGCUCAUCUUGAGCAACGCCAGCAGUUGCUCUCCGGCACGGACCGUCUCGAUCGAAGCACCCAGAGGCUAAAGGCUAGUCAGCAAUUGGCGUAUGAAACAGAGGCCAUCGGAGCUAGCACACUAGCCGACCUGUCAUCUCAGCGCGAGAGAAUUCAGCAGACGCAUGAGACCUUGCUCAAUAGUGAAGGCUACGUCGACAGGAGUGUAAAGACGUUGCGGGGGAUGGCUCGCAGGUAA